AUGUUUCAGAAUAGGCAAACACCAGAAGCAUUAAAACAAGCUUUCAAUAAAAUAAAAAUAUCUAAUAUAAUAGAGGCUGGCCUUAGAAAGUUGUCUCUAGAAAAAAUGUGGGAAACACUUUCUGAGUCAUUGAAG